AUGAAUAAAGCACAAAUUGAUAACAAAGCCAAUACUCCAGAAAUGAUUAGAGUUUAAAAUGGCAAUAUUAGCCCUACAACAAAAUAUACAGAUAUUUUAAAAGCAUUUAAAUAGAAAAAUUUGAAUUAACCCUCUAAAGUACCAAACACUAACAGACCCACCAAAAGUUAUUCAAUUGUAGUUGAAUUUGAUUAAACAAAGAAUAGAACAUCUUCAUAAUUCAAAUAACCAAAAGAAAUAACUCCAACCAAAAAAUAGAAUCAGCCAACUAUGCCAUAAUCUUAGAGAUUGACAAUUAAAAAUUAAGUCUUAACUACAUAAUAGAAGAUCACCUAAGAAAAAUCAAAAAUUAACUCAAAGCACCCUGAUGUAAAUAAAUUGGAUUAAAGAAUAAAAACCUAAUAAAAUGAAAGGUAUAAAGAGGAAUAAAAAAAUAUUCAAAAAAUGCUAUUGAAGAAAGCGAAUCCAAAGAAAGACACAAACACUAAACCAUAACUUGAGAAGCAUCCACAACUUAUGUCUACUAGAUAAAUUCCAUCCAGAUAAUCAUUCUCUCCUACUACUCAAAUUGCGAAGACUGCUAAUACAACACGAGGUCAUUCUCCUUCUAGCUAUCAGAGUGACAAUUAAAAUGGAAAGUUAUAAGCUAUUCUAACUGUGAUUAGGCCGAUCUUUAAAGAAGCAAAAUACUAUUAGACAUCUGUUGUUCAUUUCCUGAGGGAAGAGUUUUUUCCAAAUACAUCUCCUUAUUAAGUGCAAUUUAAAAUUGAAUUUCAAGAGUAAAAGGACUAUUUUAAAACUAAAUUCUGUGAUCACUUUAAUUUAACCUUUAACUCUUUAAAGCAUUGUUCUUAGUUGAGUUCAUAGAAGCCUUUGACUACAAAGUUAUUAAAUCCACCAAAAAAACCUCACUUUUCAUCUGAUACCGUUAAAACACUAGUGUUUGAUCUGGAUGAAACAUUAAUUCACUGCAACGAUAUCAAUAACAAUUCCACUGAUCAUACAACUGUUAUUCACAUCCCAAAUGAACCAGAGACAGAAAUUCGUUUUAAUAUAAGGCCGCAUUGUUAAUAAAUGUUAAAAGCUUUAUCAUAGUAUUAUGAGUUGAUUCUAUUCACUGCAUCUUAUAAAGAAUAUGCUGAUAAAAUUUUGGAGUACAUUGAUCCAAAAGGAAAUCUCUUCUCAUAUCGGUUCUAUAGGGAAAGUUGCUUAGAAUUAGAAGAAGGACUUCUAGUUAAGGAUCUAAGAGUGAUCGAAGGCAGAAAAUUAGAAAACAUGGCAAUAAUAGAUAAUUCUGCGUAUUGUUACAUUUAUUAGUUGGAGAAUGGAAUUCCAAUUAUACCCUUUGAGGAAAACAAAAAAGAUAAGGAAUUACUUUUUAUGGCUGACUAUUUUAUCAAAUGUGAAAAACAGCUAAAUUGGCUCCAGCACCAUAAAUUACAUUUCCAAAACUAACUCUACCUGCAGUGCUCAACAAUAGAAGAGUGUAUACAAAGAUUAUUAUAAUCAUAAAAUUAUUGA